AUGGCGACAUCUCCGGCCUGGAAGCCCAAGGUGAAGCUGCUGGUAUGCGGGACCAAGGCGGAGACGGGGGCUCGUGUUGUCUACACCCUACAUAGUGUCACCUACGCCAUACAUAGUGUCACUUAUUCCAUACAUAGGGUCGUCUACUCCAUACAUGUCGUCUACUCCAUACAUAGUGUAGUGUAUUCCCUACAUAGUGUCGUGUACUCCAUACAUAGUGUUGCCUACUCCAUACAUACUGUCUCCUACUCCAUACAUUGUGUCUCCUACUCCAUACAUGGUGUCACCUACGCCAUACAUAAUGUCACCUACGCCAUACAUAGUGUCGCCUACUCCAUACAUAGGGUUGUCUACUCCAUCCAUAGUGUCGCCUACUCCCUACAUAGUGUCGCCUACUCCCUACAUAGUGUUGUCUACUCCAUACAUAGUGUCGCCUACUCCCUACAUAGUGUCGCCUACUCCCUACAUAGUGUUGUCUACUCCAUACAUAGUGUCAUCUACUCCAUACAUAAUGUCACCUACUCCAUACAGUGUCGCUUACUUCCUACAUAGUGUCGCCUACUCCUUACAUAGUGUUGUCUACUCCAUAGUGUCGACUACUCCAUACACAGUGUUGUCUACUCCAUACAUAGUGUCACCUAAGCCAUACAUAAUGUCACCUACGCCAUACAUAGUGUCACCUACUCCAUACAUAGUGUAGUAUAUUCCCUACAUAGUGUCGUGUACUCCAUACAUAGUGUUGCCUACUCCAUACAUAGUGUCACCUACUCCAUACAUACUGUCUCCUACUCCAUACAUUGUGUCUCCUACUCCAUACAUAGUGUCACCUACGCCAUACAUAAUGUCACCUACGCCAUACAUAGUGUCACCUACUCCAUACAUAGUGUAGUAUAUUCCCUACAUAGUGUCGUGUACUCCAUACAUAGUGUCACCUACGCCAUACAUAAUGUCACCUAUGCCAUACAAAGUGUCGCCUACUCCAUACAUAGGGUCGUCUACUCCAUACAUAGUGUUGUCUACUCCACUCCACAUAGGGUUGUCUACUCCAUCCAUAGUGUCACCUACUCCCUACAUAGUGUCGCCUACUCCCUACAUAGUGUUGUCUACUCCAUACAUAGUGUCGCCUAUUCCAUACAUAGUGCCACCUACUCCAUACAUAGUGUCGUCUACUCCCUAUAAUGUCGUCUACUCCACACAUAGUGUCACCUACUCCAUAAAUUGUGUCAUCUGCUCCAUACAUAGUGUUGUCUACUCACUACAUAGUGUCGUACUGAAAAAAAAAAAAAUACAGAGUAAGAAAAAUGCACAAUUACUCAAUUUGACAAUUUUAUUUUAUAAAAUGACCAGUUAUCUCAACUUUUCCCACCUUCUCUGUAAAGAACCCGUGUGAUGCUCCCUUAGAAUUUGG